AAUUUUACGAGAAUAAAGUCAUAAUUUUACAAGAAUAAAGUCGAAGUUAAAAUAAAGUCGUAAUAUUAUGAGAAUAAAGUUAUAAUAUUACGAGAAUGAAGUCGUAAUAAAAUCAAAGUCAAAGUGAAAAAUGCGGCAGAAGAAGAACCUUGUUUUUCAAUAUAAAACUAAAAAUAAGAAAACAAACAACAAUUUUCUUCAUUAUUUGUGCCUCCGGACUGAACCAGGACUGAACCAGGACUAUACGAGGUCCGAGACCAGACCGGGACUGAGACCAGGAAUUAGACAAGGACUGAGUCAGGGACCAAGACUGAGACCGGGAUCAGACAAGAACUGAAAACGGUUUAGUCCUGGUUCAGUCCUGGUCUGGUCCCGGUCUCAAUCCUGGUCUUUCUGGUUUGGUUCCGGACCUGAUUUAGUCCUGAUUCAGUCCUUGUUCAGUCGAAUGAACGAAUGAUACACGGAUUUUUCUCCUUUACAAAAUGCUCCAAAUUCUCCAUUCGUUCAUACUUUCCGAGCAGCUGAUAUUCUCUUAAUAUUAUGACUUUAUUUUGACUACGACUUUAUUCUCAUAAAAUUACUACUUUAUUCUUGUAAGUUUACGACUUUAUUCUCGUAAAAUUAUGACUUUAUUCUCGUAAAAUUACGACUUUUUCUGGCUUCGACUUUAUUCUUAUAAUAUUACGACUUUAAUGUCAAAAUGUUACGACUUUAUUCUCGUAGCGCCAGCAUGUUUUUUUUUUUUUUAUCUGACAUCUUAUACUCUGUUGUACAAAUGUACUUGUAGAAUAUGGACUUUUACACUUGUGCUUUUGGUUUAUCACAGAUUUCUGGGGGCUUGAAUUUGCUAAAAAAUUCUACUCUUCAAAUUUGAGGGCAUCUUUGAAGGACUGUGGAAAGUGCAAUUUCAAAGACAGAGAUGGAGGACGACAUCAUGCGUCUGAGGGAGGAACUUGAUCGAGAGAGGAAGGAGACGAAUUAUGUUCGGCUUGAAAGGGACAAGGCGCGUGCCUUCUUGGACAUCACCGCCAGGAAGCUAGACGAGGUCAAAGCUGAACUCAAAAACCUGGACAAAGAGUCGGAGGAAACAGAAAUCAAACUUCAAGAAGAAAUUAAGGUUUCCAGACAAAAAAUGCAAUAUCUUCUCUGUGAAUAUCAAAAUACAACUUGUGAGCUCAACACUAAUGCAGUAGCCUCAAAACAGGCACUGCAGGCUGAGCAAACAUUACUAGAGAAUAAACUUAGGAAUGAUUUGGCAUCUCUGCUCAUAGACAUACAUCAUGUGGACACUGAAACACCAGUCAUGGAGCUUAAAAAGAUAUAUGAAGAAAAAAAUGCUCAUAUGAGAGCAAUUUCCGAAAAGAAACUCCAAGAUGCUGAGACCAAAAAUGAAAAGAUGCAUGAUGAGCUGCGACUGUAUUUUGAGAAUCAGAGGAAAACUGAAGUCAGCCAGGUCAGGGACAACUGGAACAAAUUCAUCUCAACUCUGAUGGAGAAAGAUAAAGAUGUAUAUGAAGAAUCAAAAGCCUUACUUAAGAACAUGGAAACAAAAACGGAUAUCCUCAAUGAUUUUAAGCAAAAAGUUGCAGAUGAGUCAACCGAGCUGAAAAAAAAUCAAAAGGAGCUGACACAUGUUUUGGAGGAGAAUCAACAAGUGACUGAGAAUCUGACUAAAAUUCAAGAAGAAAUAGCUGUCCUUCAGAAUAAAAUGAAGUAUAGGUCCAAAAAGAUUGACAACAAAAAGGAAACUGAACUAAAUAAUCUUGCAUCUGAGUAUAUGAUGCAAAAAAGGUGUAAAGAGCUGCAGUUGGAGGUGGUUGAGCUGUGCAAAACAUCUGCGGAGACAAUGGAGAAAAUGAAAAACAAGGCGGAUGCAAAACACAUGCAGAUGGAAAAGAAAAUACAAACGUUGACAAAGAAGAUUCAAAAGGAUUUGCUUCUUUGCUGAUCACAAAACAUCAUCAAAGAUGGGCUGUUUGGCCUCACCCUGUUCAAUAACACUGGAUUUCAAUACUACAGACCAAAUAAAUUUCUUCUCAAAAUAUUACUAUGAGCUAUAUGCAUAUGGUACUAAGGAACCCCUUAAGUUGCCCUUUGAUUUUAGAUGCAUUUUGUCAAGCUUGUAGACUGUACACCAUAAAUCCAUCCAUUAUCCAUUA